GCCUGCCCGCGCGGUGACGCCAUCGGCGCGCGCCGGCGGCGGCGGAGGCCCCGCGCACGUGUCUCCAGGGCGACGGCGGCGCCAUGAGGCGGCCGAACGUGCUGAUCACCGGCACUCCGGGCGUUGGGAAAACCACGCUGGGAAAGGAACUGGCAUCCAGAGCAGGGCUGAGCUACAUCAACGUGGGGGACCUGGCCAAGGAAGGGGAGCUGUACGAGGGCUUUGAUGAGGAGUACGACUGCCCCAUUCUGGAUGAGGACAGGGUGAUCGACGAGCUGGAGGACAGGAUGAGGGAGGGUGGGGUGGUGGUGGAUUACCACGGCUGUGACUUCUUCCCCGAGCGCUGGUUCCACAUCGUGUUCGUGCUCCGCACAGACAACUCCUUCCUCUACGACAGGCUGGAGAGCAGGGGCUACACAGGGAAAAAGCUGCAAGACAACAUUCAGUGUGAGAUUUUUCAGACUCUUUAUGAAGAAGCUAUGGAGUCAUACAAAAAGGAAAUUGUGCACCAGUUACCCAGCAACACUCCAGAGGACCUGGAGAGAAACUUGGAUCAGAUUAUGCAAUGGAUUGAGCAAUGGAUGAAGGACAACAACUGACUCUGGGUGGAACAGUAACUGCUGAAUCUCUUCCUGGGAGGGUUCAAUGAAUGACAUUCAUUUUGUAGCAGUUAACGUGAAUUUUACUGUAACUGGAUAUGGUUGGGGAGUAGAAGGUUUAGAACAGCCAAGUUUGUGAAUGUUUGGAACAGCCUCUGAAGCACCCUGGGAGAGACACACAGGAGAACCCACACAAGUGAAUGGAAGGAUGGAAACAGCACCAAAUUUCUCAGUAGAGAAAUUUUUUUUGACUGUAUUGUUCAAUAAUUGAGAACUCUUUGGGCCUCACAAUUAAAACCAAACCAUGAACUCACCCCAGAAAAACUGUAAAAUACUGAUAACUGGUGGCACUUUGGAUUUCUAGAGGGUGCAACAGUGUCCUGAAAAGGGGUUAAUCUAAAGCUGAGUUGUGAGACUGGAAACUGCUGUGCCCCACUGUCCUUGGGUGUGAGGCUAAUGCAGACAAGGGGUUGGUUCAGGUUAAGGAAGGAAGUGACAUGGUAACAGUUAUUUUAAAAUUCACAGAACUUUGGGAAUUCCUUCACGGGUAAGGACGCAUGGGCUGUAUCUGCACUGGUGUGGAAUGCUGAACAAUAAAGAGCAAUAAGCUUUC